AUGGCAAAUAACAACUCCGAUGUCUUGAUUCGAUUGGAAAUGAAGUACGCAAAUAUAUUGCCAUCUUCAAUCUGCAUUUUUGGUGUCAUUGCUCAUGUAUUCCUCAUCGUUGCAUUCAUCAAGGACCCUCUGAAAUGCUUCAGAAACGCAGGAACAUAUCUUGUAGGACAUUUGGCCAUUUCUGAUCUUCUGUUCUGUCUUGCCUCUCUUGUGGAGCGUCAUAUCCUCGUCACUUGGCACUUGAUUCUGCUGUUUGUCAAGCACGUUUGCGUUGGCGUGUCCAUUUUAACGAUAGCAGCAAUUUCAAUUGAUCGCUUCCUACUGAUCGUAUAUCCCAUGAAAUAUCGCGUUUUCAUGAAAGGGAAACUUAUCGUCGUAUGGUCCGCUUGCAUAUGGCUUAUUCUUUCCGGAAUAUCCUCAGAGGUUUUCAUCCGCAAUUCGCUCAACGACUUGACAGUACAUAUCAAGCAUUUCUCUGAAAUAACAGCAAUCAUAUUUUCGUGCGUGAUGUAUGGGUUGACAUACUUUAAGUUGAAGAAACAGUCCAGAAACUUGGCUCGAGAAAGUAUUUCACAUCGACAGGAACAGACACGAGUUAUGAAAGAAAAACGUUUCUUGAGAACGAUUAGUUUCAUAGCUUGUAUUCAAAUGGUAUGCAUCGUGCCCUCGAUAAUAUUUUACAACUAUCAGCAAUUUCACGCUCCGCGAGAGGAUAACCCAUUACAUAAUAUUGGACUAUUUUACCUCAAUUUUGCUGUGAAUCCUAUGGUGUACAUAUUGCGCCUACCAAAUUAUCAGAAAACAUUUUGUAUACUGUAUUGUUGUAAAGCUGGAAGGUAG